AUGAGCCCAUCCAUGCCCCCAGAGGAUAUUCUACUGGAACCCUACUGCAUUUUUUGUCGUGGCGAGGUCCCAGUCCGAAAAAAUGUGGCCCCUGAAUUUGCAACAGACCAGCCAGAGGAUGUUCUCUGUUAUGGUGACUUCCGCCUCCAACGUUUCAUGUUGCGAUUGGAGUCACCGUUAGAUCCUGAUCCUCAUUCCCGAAUGCCAGAGGCCAUAAAAAAGUGUUUGGAGGCUUCAAACAAACAGCUAUGCCUUGAUUGUCAUCGGCGGCGGUAUCUUGGAUCCAAUGCUCACCUGGUGCAUAUUCCCUGCUUGCAGCUCGCUCAUAUCAGGUUACCUCGGCUUUGUAUCAGAACCUUAUGUCGAAUCGGCCAGAUACUACGACCUGUUGUCGGUUGGAGGGACUCGGUCCGACUUUUCGGCCGACAGCCAAUGUCAUCAUUCCUCUCUCAGUGUUCUUUGCGCCCAACGGAGUUGGGAGCUGUGAUUCAGCAGAUACAACAGCGACUAUCGAUCGAGAUACAAAUGAUGGUGUGUGAAUUCCUACCCGAGGGCCUUUUUUCAUCGCUUGCAACUUGUUCCGAGACUGUGAGAUGGCUCGUUGAGCAAGAAUUUGCAGACUUUACAGCGUUGGGACCCUGUUUAGCCCCUAAAAGUCCCCUUACUUCUGUUCAUGACGUUGAAGCAUUGGCGGCAAGUGUGCGCGACGUCCUGGGCGAAAGCUACUUAGCGGGGCUUCAGGCCAGCCCGUUACAAGGUGCUCAAAAUUAUCAAAUUCAGCUCUCCAGACAGGAUGUUCUUGGACUGCAUGUCUUGCUAGGAAGGUACGGCGUAGUUGGAACAAGAGUUCGAUACCAGGAUGGCUCGGUGUCUCCCUGGCUUGGACAAAGCGUGUCGAAAUGGGGAUAUUUUAUCCGUGGACAUGAUCUAAAACGACUUCAAGUUCAAUCCGAUGUACGUCAGCUCACCCAUCUCCAUCUCUCUCGCAUUUUGUGA